AUGUACGUAGCCGUGGGUUCCAAGAUAUAUGUGGUGGGUGGAGAGUUUUACGAUACGUUAAGCAUCGACUGUGGAUCUCACACGGUGCAGCCAAUCGUCGGCAUUCCUAGGCUCAAGUAUGUUCACACGGUUCAGCACAUCUCCGGUAAGAUUUACGCAAUCAAUAUGGAGGGAGUCUUCGUGUUGGAUACAGAAACUCAAAGGUGGGAUCAUGUGAUGAAAAAGCCAGACGUGGAGCUAUGCGACAUGUUUACUGACUCUGUGGUGAUGGAGAAUAAGAUUUACAUGAGAGAUUAUGGUAAUAACUUUGUUUAUGAGCCAAAGGAAAGUAAAUGGGAAUUGGAUGAGAUGCUGAAUUCUGAGGAAUGGUGGGAUGCGUGUGUCGUCGACGAUGUUUUGUACUAUUACGAUAUAAACGUGAAGGAGUUGAGAGCUUAUGAUCCAAAGCAAAGGUGCUGGAGAGCGGUGAAAGGUUUGGAAGAAUUGUUGAGUAAGAUGGCUGAUUCAUGGGGGUCGAGGACGGUGAGUUACGGUGGAAAAUUGGCUCUGUUCUUUCAUAAAUAUCAUCUUCGGACGAAGGUAGCAAUCUGGUGUGCGGAGAUUUCUCUGGAAAGGCGCCAAGGAGGAGAGAUUUGGGGUAAGGUGCAAUGGUGUGAUGUUGUGUUUGAUGGUGAUAAGAGUUUUUACGUGGAAAAAUGUUUAGACGUAUUGGUUUGA